UCGUGUACAUGCUGCAUACAUUGCGCAUGGAAGCCAUAUCCAUCUGAAUAAACACAACUUUUUAGUCGAGAUGAGUAGUAGAAUUUACAUAGGGCGAUUGUCAUACAAAGCAAACGAACAUGACAUUUCAGACUUCUUCCGAGGAUUCGGCCGGAUACGGGACAUAUUACUUAAAAAUGGUUAUGGCUUCGUUGAGUUCGAAGACCACAGGGACGCUGACGAUGCCGUCUAUGAGCUGAAUGGGAAGGAGCUGAUGGGUGAAAGAAUUCAGAUCGAGAUUGCCCGCGGUCGUCCUCGUCCACGGGACUCGUAUCGUGAUCGUGACAGCGGCUAUUCUAGACGCGACAGUAGAGGUGGAGGAAGAAGGGGAGGAGGACGAGACAAGUACGGACCACCCACAAGAACAGACUAUCGUUUGAUCGUAGAGAACCUCUCGUCAAGAGUCAGUUGGCAGGACCUGAAGGAUUACAUGCGCCAGGCUGGCGAUGUCACCUACGCUGAUGCACACAAGCAGGUUCGCAAUGAAGGCACCGUUGAAUUCUCGUCAUACAGUGAUCUGAAGAAUGCUUUGGAAAAGUUGGAUGGUACUGAAAUCAACGGCAGAGCCAUCAAACUGGUGGAAGAUAAGAGAAGGAGUAGACACAGGAGUAGAAGCAGGUCUCGUUCCCGUUCUCGAAGCAGAAGGAGGUCCAGAUCUAGGUCCAGGAGCCCACGAUCCCGCAGUCGCAGUAGGAAGCGCAGUCGCAGCAAAUCCAGGAGUAGAAGUCGUAGUAGGGGUCGUGGCCGGUCUAGCAAGUCCAAGAGCCGCUCUCGUUCCAGGAGUAGAUCUCCACGCAAGAGGAAUAGGAGCCAUAGCAGGAGCAAGAGUCGUAGCAGGAGCAAGAGUCAUAGCAGGAGCAAAAGCCGUAGCAGGAGCAAGAGCAGGGAUAAGGACAGAGCGCGGUCAAAGAGUGCUUCACCUGCCCCAGCUAAAGAUCGCCACGAUGAUUCAGACAAUGGGUCUGAUAAGGGAGGCGAUAUGAGUAGUCGAAUCUAUGUAGGGCGCCUGUCAUACAAAGCAAAUGAAGAUGACAUUUCAGACUUCUUCCGAGGAUUUGGCCGGAUACGGGAAAUCUUACUUAAAAAUGGUUAUGGCUUUGUUGAAUUUGAUGACCACAGGGACGCUGAUGAUGCCGUCUAUGAACUUAAUGGGAAGGAGCUGAUGGGUGAAAGAAUUCAGAUUGAGAUUGCCCGCGGUCGUCCUCGUCCACGGGACUCGUAUCGGGAUCGAGAUCGCGGCUUUUCUAGACGCGACAGUAGAGGUGGAGGAAGAAGGGGAGGAGGACGUGACAAGUAUGGACCACCCACAAGAACAGACUAUCGUUUGAUCGUAGAGAACCUCUCGUCAAGAGUCAGUUGGCAGGACCUGAAGGACUAUAUGCGCCAGGCUGGCGAUGUCACCUACGCUGAUGCACACAAGCAGGUUCGCAAUGAAGGCACCGUUGAAUUCUCGUCGUACAGUGAUCUGAAGAAUGCUUUGGAAAAGUUGGAUGGUACUGAAAUCAACGGCAGAGCCAUCAAACUGGUGGAAGACAAGAGAAGGAGCAGACGCAGGAGUAGAAGCAGGUCUCGUUCCCGUUCUCGAAGCAGAAGGAGGUCCAGAUCUAGGUCCAGGAGCCCACGAUCCCGCAGUCGCAGCAGGAAGCGCAGUCGCAGUAAAUCCAGGAGUAGAAGUCGUAGUAGGGGUCGUGGCCGGUCUAGCAAGUCCAAGAGCCGCUCUCGUUCCAGGAGUAGAUCUCCACGCAAGAGGAAUAGGAGCCAUAGCAGGAGCAAGAGUCGUAGCAGGAGCAAGAGUCAUAGCAGGAGCAAAAGCCGUAGCAGGAGCAAGAGCAGGGAUAAGGACAGAGCGCGGUCAAAGAGUGCUUCACCUGCCCCAGCUAAAGAUCGCCACGAUGAUUCAGACAAUGGGUCUGAUAAGGGAGGCGAUUAGAGGCCUUUUGAAAUCUGAAAACAUACUGAUAUCCUGUGCUCUGUGUUCAUGAUGUUACUGUGCAUUCACAUUGUCUGUGGACUUUUCAUGGUUGAAGAUCAUACCUCUGCUUGUAGCUAGGUCAGUGAAGUAAAUUUAGACAAUCGGUCAUCACUGCAAAUUGUAUCAUUACAGUAAUCUGGGCUCAAAGAUUUAAUCUGUUUUUGAUGACAUGGAUACCAAGCUUAAAUGGCACAAUAAAAUAAAACGUUUUGGCCAUCAGGCAGCCUUGCUGGAAUACGGUAUGUGUCUCUCUUAACACCUCUUAUAACAUCAACCCCAAAUCCUACAUUCUUCACCUAUUCUUCCCACCUGUCCAGAAGUUUUAUCCUACAAAAGAAUAUAAUUUGCUGUCGUGACCAUUAUCCUAUUACUGAGAUGUGAGAUUAAUUCAUUCCAUGAUACUGAAGAUUGUACAUGUAAAUACUGUUCUUUGGCUAAGGCGUAGCUGCAGUGUCUUCCCCGACUAUUUUGAAGUGUUGGGCCAACACUAAUGGGUCUGACCACUCAAUGUAGAAAAAAUUGGGUUCUUUUUGACUGCCAAAGAAUGGGCAAGGUCCAAGUUGGCAGUUGGAUUUGCUUUCUCCAGAUCACAAUUAAAUAUGUCCAAUCUUUCUGUUACCGCUGGCAAAAUUGAUUUCCAUUCUUUUCCUAAUCAAACUUUAUUUUUAUUCCAUAUUGAUAAGCCAUUGCAUGUUGAGGCUGCACAGCACUGUUACCGAAAAAUAGUUGCAACCGAUUUAAUUUUGUAGUCCGAACUGAUCAAAGUUAACAAGCACAUAAUUUCACUUAAGCAUUGCGGGUCCUGUCGUUCUGCAAUUAUAUACACACGUAAAAUGUAAAGGAUAAGGGGUAGGAUAAAAUAGCUGCUAAUUUUUUCCAGGUUACAGUAUUUUAUGUUCAAGUAUUUUAUUUAAGUUAAAUGUUUACCUCAACUGAACUUUCGAUCUUGUCUUAGGUGUGAAAUAGAAGUUUUACCCUGGAAAAGAGGGGGGCACUAAAGCCUGUUGCAAGUCUGUAUUAUUUGUGCUCUUGACGGGGGGGGGGGGGGGAUUCAAAAAGGGUGACCUGUCAUGCACAUACACAACAUGAGGUGACAAGAUUUUUUUUGUUAGUAUGAAUUAUUUCAAAAUAAACAUGAUUAAUGGGCCCAUCACGACAGACUGAAAAAAAGAUAACAUUGUAACUAUAUGUCCUUUGUGAACUUGUUCUCUUGUGAAUGAACUUGUUAACUGAUGUAUGUGUAGUUAUUUGUUUGGGUCAAAAUAAACCUUGGUAUUUUA